GAGAAGGCGACGAACUCGACGGCGGCGGAGGUGGAUCCACGCCUUCUCAAAGCCAUCAAAUCGAUCGUCCGUCACUCCGAUUCCGAGCUCCGCCUCGCCGCCCACACCCUGAUGAACCUCAUGAAGCGAGACCACUCUCAGUUGAGUAGAUUUCUUAUUUGGAUGGAUUUUGUGAGACUGAACCGCGGAUUCGUGACCUGGCGAUGUGAUUACCUGUUUUGUCCUAGAAAUUGAUUUAUUUUGGGGAACCUUCCUUUGGGUAUCGAUUUGUAUUGGGGCGUCUUAAUUCAAAUGGUAAGAUACCUUGCACUUCUAAUAAUAGAUGAACUUUUCAUGCGGUCAAAACUCUUUAGAACCCUAGUUGUUGAGAAUCUGGAUCAGUUAUUGGCUCUAAGUGUCGGAUUCAGAAGAAACUUGCCGCUUCCUGCUCCUCCUGCUGUUGCGUCUGUUUUGCGUUCAAAGGCAAUUGAAUUCUUAGAGAAGUGGAAUGCUUCUUAUGGGCCUUACCACAGACAGCUUAGAUUAGGGGUUGACUACCUGAAGAACACCAUGCGACUUCAAUUCCCUAACUUUCAAGCUAAUGCUGCUAGGAUUCAGCGGGAGAGGAGGGAAAGGGAAAUGAAGACAAAAGAGAUUUUACUCAUCAAGUUUGAAACUCUGAAGGAAAAUUUUUCUUCAAUCAAGAAUGAAUUAUGUACAACAAUUGAUGAGAUCAAGGAAUGCUUGGAAAUUGUUGGUGAAAAAAAUGAAAACUUGCCACUGAGUUUUAUGGAUGAUGAAGAAAUGGAAGAGUUUCGCAAUUCCGAGCUUAGGCAGAUACGCCUUGAUUCAUUGAAAGAGGGGCAGAAAGUUCAAGAAACUAGUGACAAUAAGGUGGUUUUUGAUGCACUGAGGGAGCUUUACAGGCUCCUGGUGACUAAACAUUUAGUUUCAGUGCAAGAUUGGAUUUCAGUUCUUAUAAGGGUCGAAGUGGUAGACAACAGAUUCAGGGACUCUGCUUUGAAAGAGUUCAUUGAUAUUCAACGUCUUCUCCAGUCUGUGAAGAAGAAAUGUGAAGAAGCUGGUUGUUCACUCCCUGACAGCCGAAAUCAUGAGGAGGAAGAUAUUUGGGAAGAGGGUACUCUUGAAUCAUCUAACAACAAGAGUUCUGGGAAUUUUGAUAACCAAGAUGAUGAUUCUACCAAUUUUAAUAGCCAAGUUGACGAUUCUACCAAUUUUGGUAGCCAAAUUGAUGAUUCUGCUAUUGCUUCAACUUCUUUGGAGGUGAAAAAGAAAGCUUCAAAAAGGAAGGACACGAAAACAGAUUGUGACAAGAACGUGGAGCAUGAAGGUGAUGAAAGUGGUUCAAACCCGCUUCGAAGUAAGCUUCUAGCUGAAGCUCCUGUGAUGAAAUGGGGUUCUUUCUUGGAUAAUUGGGGUUCAAACAGGGAUGUCUUGGCUAACCAGAGGGGUUUGGAGCUUGAAGGUCAUUGGGGUCGAGUAGAAUAUGAUGCAGUUAUUCCAGCAGCAAAAAUUGCAGAGCUUAAUGUUCAGACAACCCUCUAUGAAGAAGACAAUGUUGAAAUACAGCCCUGUCGCGCUCCUUUGGGUACUAAAGGAGGACUUUGUCAGAGAAGAGAUUUGAGAGUUUGCCCAUUUCAUGGGCCUAUUAUUCCACGGGACAAUGAGGGAAAACCAAUCUUGCAAACCUCUUCAUUGGAGGAGAAAACUCCUGAUUAUGGGACUGAUUUGAUGGAGAAAUUGGCAAAACAGGCAGUGAACAAUGUUCGAAAUAGGGAUAAAGAGGAAGUAAAGAAGAGAGAACAUGAUAAACAGGCAUUGAAGCGAGCAAAGCUUGCAAAAGUUCGAGAGCACAAUCAGGCUGUCUUAAGGGAUGCGGCUCUGGCCUCAACUUCUAGAUCUUCAGCCAUUGGAGAAGAUGUAGAGACAAGCAGUCAGGAGAAGUCUUUGGCCAGAAACAAGAAGCAAACUACUCUAGCAUCAAUGCUGAAAAGGAAAGUGACGUCUAAAGAUCGAUUAGCUCAGAGGUUAUUGCACAGUCGUGCCAGAGAUGCUACAACAAGACAGCUUACAAUGGGAGAGGAUGCAAAAUACAGAGAAGCCUUCCCAAAUCAAUGGUAGAUGAUUUUUUUUUUUUCUCCAUUUUCAUAUGUGACCCGGUUAUGGGUAUUUCUUUGUGUAAAUAAAGUUCGCUUUCUUAGUUGGACAUUGGAUAGCUAGUUAGGUUUCUCCUGUGAGUUCCAUAAUGCUUGGAAGACCAUGUCCAUUAGUAGUGACAUGGGCUCCUAUAGUUUUGUACAUCUGAUUACUACUAUUUAAUUAUACAUUAAGGGUAGCGUUUGUUAA